CAUAUGAGAGGAGUAGAUGACAAAAGUACACAAAGAUCCAAGUGCAGUGCCAUUCACAUUUUAUCUCUUAUCAGAAAAAUAAUGAUUUGCGAAGUUGUUCGCACGCCAAGCCAGAUAAUGAGUGCAUCUAAACGAAAUUCAGGCCACAUAAGCUUAAGAAAAUGUAGAAAAACCUUGAAAAAUGCUCAAAGUGAGGUGAAAGAUAAAAAGAUAAAAAUUCAAAUGUUAAACCAAAUUGUGAUACAGAAAAUUGUAUUUUGAAUGUGGUGGCAAAUUUCUUUCUGUUCUUGAGAUGAAAAUGCUCUGAAAUGAUAAUAUACGCAUCGUAAAAGAAAUCUGUGGCAAGAAAGAUAUUUUUUUAUCUUCGGAAUCAUUUCUACGUUUCAUCGAGUUCGCAAUCAAAGUAGAAAAAAUUUCGAAAAGAAUUUUUCAUAAGAAGGAAACCGUGUGGGAAGCAUUGGCAACGACCGUGCAAUAAAUUAAAUUGACAUCUAUCCUUUCACGCAUUAGCUGGGUCCCGAUAGAGGAAGAACAACUAAACGAGGAGUUCUGAACGGGGGAAGACCAACUGCUUCCGAGUGGAUUCGAAUACGUACAGACCGGGGUACCAGAAGAGUUCUACGUUCUGGCUCACUUCAGCCAGCCGAAUGUGUUUAUAUUCUGUGAAAUGUAUCUAAAAUUCAGCGAGUAAUUUCACGUAAGUUAUGAUUGUUCAAGUGUAGUUUGAUAAGAAAAAAUUGCGAAAAAAAGAUACAAAAGUGUGCGAGGAAGGGGGCAAAAAUGAUUAACGUGGUGAAGUGAGUAUAAUUAUAGCUUGUGUUAAGAGGCUUCAAGAAAUUACAAGCAAUUGUGCAGUGAUUGGUUCGAAGUAUGGCUCGCUUGAGUACUUGUGAGAAUUAAUGGUGAUCAUCGAUUAAACGGAAACCAUGGGGAAAGUGAAUCCAGAGGAGGAGAAGCUCCGCCAAGAUGACGAGCAAGGUGUAUCAGCGGAAAACACCCACCUGGAUGACCUCUACACCCGAUACCGGCAAAGGCUGAGAAAAUCCCUUUUCAUCUCUGGCCUGUCGAUAUCGUUGGUGGCAUGUGCAGUUUCCAUGAUUGUAGUUCUGGCUAGUGAUCAGAAUGUGUUGCAUUUAGUUAUGCUAGUUAUUGCGGCCAUUGUGUGCGGAAGUAUUUUAACAGCUUUACAGUUCCCAGCCGUGCUAAGCUCACCAUUUGCCGCAUUGGCUUUUGCCAUUUCAACGACGGCCACAUUGGCUUUCCUGUCGGUUAUUGUUGGUGGAACGUUGGCACCAUUACCUCUGUUUGCGGUGAUUUUGGGAAUCCACACAAUGCUACCUGUAUCAUGGCCUGUUUCCGUCGUUAUGGCUGCAUUCAUGACAAUCUUACAUCUAGUUUAUAAGAUGGGUUUCAGCAGCGAUCCACCGAGUUUUCAGAUGCUUAUGGGGGAAGUAAUAAUGCUAGCAACAGCCUCGCUAUCAGGACUUUAUUAUCGAAUUAUGUCGGAUGCGGCACAUAAUCGUACUGUGGAUGGAACACGGACUGGCAUUGAACAGCGUGUUAAAUUGGAAUGCGAACGUGAACAACAGGAACAGCUGCUACUUAGCGUUAUACCAGCCUAUAUUGCUGCUGAGGUCAAGCGUAGCAUAAUGCUUAAAAUGGCGGAUGCAUGUCAGCGAGCUGGAGGCCAAACAACAAGAUUCCAUGAACUUCAUGUGCAGCGUCACAACAAUGUUUCCAUUCUCUACGCCGACAUCGUCAAUUUCACCCCCUUGUCAGAGCAACUCACAGCCAGUGACCUAGUAAAGACGCUAAACGAGCUCUUUGGUCGCUUCGAUCAAAUUGCCCAGGAAAACCAGUGUUUGCGUAUUAAAAUUUUAGGUGAUUGCUACUAUUGCGUAUCAGGACUGCCUGUCUCGAGGCCUCAGCAUGCCGCCAACUGUGUUAACAUGGGGCUGCAGAUGAUUGAAGCAAUUAGGUUUGUACGUGAAGCAACUGGUUUCAAUGUAGACAUGCGAAUUGGUAUUCAUACAGGGAAUGUACUGUGCGGCGUCCUAGGACUGCGAAAGUGGCAAUUUGAUGUGUGGAGCGAUGACGUGACUCUCGCUAAUCAUAUGGAAAGUGGAGGAGUGGCUGGGCGGGUCCACAUAACAAAGCAAACCCUUGAGUACUUGGGCGAUAAGUUCGAAGUGGAGCCCGGAAAUGGAGGUUCACGGGACCCAUAUUUAGCCGAUCACAAAAUCGAAACAUAUCUCAUUAUCCCGCCUAAGAAGAUGGCACGGAAUCUUCCGCAAGUUGUUGAAGUCCCCAAUACACCACCACCGGAAGCAACGGUCCCGCCGGAUUCAUUGCCUGUGAAUCAGAUUAGCAUAUCGGAACCGCCCUCGGAAAGUGAUAAGUCGCCAAGUGAAGGAACUUUAAGCGACAGUAACAGAAGAACACCUGAAGAGAAAUCAAGGACGACGCUUCAGUUGACACCCACAAUCGCUGAGGAGGGUACCGAUGGUGCAGAUAAUCCCAACAACAAAUCGUCGUUAUCCUUGCCAUAUGAAAGUGCUCAACCGGAGGCUCCUGUGAAAGAGCGUCGGAAGCUUUCCGUACAAGGUUUAAUGGCAUUUGCUGAACGAAGACGAUCAUCAGGUGCAGCACUUGCCGAUAUGAGGAAACCAUCGAUAUCGAACGGUGAUAGUUUCCGUAUACCAGGGACCGCAACACCAGGUGGACCAGUGACUCGUUCCCGUCCAUCCUCGAAAAUGACGAAAUACGUGGAAUGCUGGGGCGCUGAUAAGCCGUUUGCGAAUAUCGCUGAAUCGAAAUUAGCUAAAAACAUCGGUCUUGCGAGUAUUGCAAUGAUCGAGUCAAAUUUAUUACCACCGGAAAGACGUUGCUUCGCUAACUUUAGCUGCUUUGGACCCCCGACUGAGUUGAAACCGAUCACCAUGUGGUAUCGUAAUAGUCCGCGCGAGGCAAUGUAUCGGGCACAACCUGAUCCGCAUUUCAGAUACGAUCUCAUCUGUGCGUUUAUUAUUUUCGUAUCGAUUGCUGCUAUUCAAUUAAUUGUUAUACAUACCAAUGUAGCCGUCUUGGGAUCAUUAGGUGCUUCCCUCAUAGCAUUAGGCCUAUUUUUGUACUUAAGUCAUUCUCAAAUGUCUGAGAGCGCGUCGCCUGGGAACAAUGGCCCAGGUCAAGUGAUAGCAGCCAGCAGAACGUUGCGAUUAGCUAUCUUUCUAAUUUCAAAUGCUUUGAUAUCAGCAUGUUCUGUGUUUAGUGUGAUCAAUUUCGACGAAGAAGUAGCUGUUAAUGUAUAUCCAACUGAGAUGAAUUCAACCGAAUUCCCACCGAUAGAACGAAUUGAUGUGGCGGAGGUGGCGAAUACAGCGCCUGGUUACCUUCUGUGCUGCGCCCUCAGCUUAUCUGCUGUGUCAGCUUUCCUCCGUGCAGGAUUCAUACUCAAAUUAUUUGUGAUGUUUGCAGCUGGGACAGUUGAAAUUAUAAUUCUAUGGUCAAGUGACCUAUUUAGGGCGUACGCAGAACUUCAUAGUGAAGACAGUUUGCCUCUGGCGCUACGUGGUCUGUUUCUUCUCUGGCUAAUAGCCGCCGUCCUGCACACUUUGGACCGACAGGGAGAAUUUGUCGCCCGAACUGACUUCCUGUGGAAGGCCAAAUUAAAAGUCGAACAAGAAGAAGUGGAAACCAUGCGAGGCAUCAAUAAGAUUCUACUGGAGAAUAUCCUUCCGGCUCACGUCGCAGCACAUUUCUUGCUUCAGGACAGAUCAGCUGAUUUGUACCACGAGAGCUACUCGUGUGUGGCAGUAAUGUUUGCAUCGAUACCGAAUUAUAAGGAAUUUUACGACGAAACGGAUGUGAAUAAACAAGGAUUAGAGUGUUUGCGUUUGCUAAAUGAAAUCAUUUGUGAUUUUGAUAAGCUCCUGCUGAAGCCGAAGUUCAGUGGAAUCGAGAAGAUUAAAACAAUCGGCAGCACGUACAUGAUUGCAUCUGGAUUGCGUCCUGGCAAGGAGGAUGGAGCUAAUCACAUUAAGAGCGAAGCGGACGAAAAACGUACGGAAGAGCAUAAUGUUGUGAUUCUUGUGGAAUUUGCAUUGGCUUUGAUGUCCAUCCUGGAUCAAAUCAACCGGGAGUCCUUCCAACGUUUCCGUUUACGAAUCGGAUUGAAUCAUGGACCGGUGAUAGCAGGUGUAAUCGGUGCCCAGAAACCUCAGUACGAUAUAUGGAGCAAUACAGUUAAUGUGGCCUCAAGGAUGGACUCGUGCGGAGUAAUGGGUCGUUUACAGACCACCGAAAAUACUGCCAAAGUUCUCAUGGCAGCUGGAUAUGCUUGUGAAUGUCGUGGACCGACAUAUGUGAAAGGAAAGGGCACGCUCACCACCUACUUCGUCAAGACCCCGUUUGAUGAUAAACUCUAAACAAUAAGAUAUUAUCAAUUAAUAUUUUCACUGUAAAUUAUGAAGAGAAUUGUAUUUAUUGAAAUCAAAGAAAAAACCUAAUAAGCUGAGAAUUAUCAUAGAAGAUUUAGAUAUUUAAUCUUAACGAAUUCGAUCUAAAUUCUAUCUAAACAGAAAGGAUACUCUCUCUCUCUAAUAUCAUUGAAAAUGUAACAAACCAAACUAUCAGAAUUAAGAAAUGCAUUUACCUUACUACGUUCUUAUCGUCAUCAAAUAGAAACAUAAAAAGUGAAAGUUAAGAUAACAUUAACCAGUUUUCUUGUGGUGCUAUUGUUUUCAAUUUUGAUUGAGUUCCUUUGUCUGAUUUAACAAGUUCGAAAUUAUGUUUCUAUGUGAAUAGUUGUGGCUGAGAACGAAAAAACUGCAUGACUAACAUUCGAACACUUGCAUACUCAUUUUAUGGAUAAAUAUUCUGUUUCAUUGUUCCAUACAUUGCCGUAUUGUAAAUCACUAUGGAAACUAUGUAGAAGUAACAAAGUUUGUCUUUUUGUAAAAUUUGCUUGAUUGAAAAGAUAUUCCUUGAGAAAAUAAAUUAAGAAUGAAGGUCUAUUUAUUUUUCCAA